AUGGAUCAGAAGAUGAUGGAUAGGAAUAGCACCAUGGUGACAGAGUUCGUUCUCCAAGGCUUUAUGGAAUAUUCAAAGCUACAGACCGGUGUCUUUGUGAUAUUCCUUGUUCUCUAUCUUUUGACUUUAGUAGGGAAUAUGGUGAUGGUAGUGCUGAUCAGGAGCAGCCCUCAACUCCAAACCCCAAUGUACCUUUUCCUGAGACACUUUUCCUUUAUGGAUGCCUGCACAGUGUCAACCGUUGCCCCCAAGAUGCUGCUGGAGAGGAAAACCAUCUCUUACAGUGGAUGCAUCGUCCAGUUUUUCUUCUUUUGUGCUUUUACUGAUAUAGAGGCCUUCAUUUUGGCUGCCAUGGCCAUUGAUCGCUAUGUGGCUAUUUGCAAGCCGUUGCUCUACACAGCUAUCAUGUCCAAACCAUUCUGUGCCUGGCUGCUUGUUGGUGCAUAUGUUGGAGGGGUCAUGAGCUCUCUCAUCCACACCUGUGCUGCUUUGAGACUGUCGUAUUGUGGGAAAAACUCCAUCAACCAUUUCUUCUGUGACCUGGCUGCCCUGAUGGCCCUUGCCUGCUCAGACACAACCCUCAAUGAGCUUUUGCUCUUCACCUUUGGCACCUUGGUUGAAGUCUUCAACACUGUGACUGUUGUCACCUCCUAUGCCUUCAUAAUCAGGACUAUUGUCAGGAUGCGUUCCUCAAAAGGAAGGCUCAAAGCAUUUUCCACCUGUGCCUCUCACUUGUCCACUUUUGCCCUGUUCCAUGGCACCAUCCUCUUCAUGUACUUCCGGCCCAGCUCCAAGUUCUCCAUGGACAUGGACAAAAAGGUCUCAGUCUUUUACACACUUAUCAUCCCUAUGUUGAACCCCCUGAUCUACAGCCUGAGGAACACAGAGGUAAAAGAUGCCCUAAAGAAACUGGCAAGGAAGACUAUAAAUGCCCACUGA